AAAUAACGUCGUUUUCAUUCCUAUUUUCUUUCCUUCUUAGAGAGGAGAAGAAAAUCGAAGAGGUGGAGUAGAAAACUGCUCAACAAUGGUGGGAGUGCUGUCCAACAAGAUCGGGAGAGACGAGCUCAAGCCCGGAGAUCAUAUAUAUUCAUGGAGGUACUCCUAUCUCUACGCGCACCAUGGAAUAUACAUAGGUGAAGGUAAUGUGAUCCACUUCACACGUGGGGCUGGGCACGAAAUCGGAACCGGCACCAUCUUGGACCGUUUCAUCUUCAGCUCAUCCCCGACCAGCAAAUCGGGUCCCACCUGCCGGACAUGCGGCGACCAGUCGAAAUCCGACGGCGUAAUCUCCUCGUGCCUCGACUGCUUCCUCUCGGGUGGCGACCUUUACCUUUUCCAAUACAACGUCUCGACAGCCGUUUUCCUGGCCAAUGCUCGAGGAGGCACGUGCACUCUGGCCAAAUCCGACUCGCCGGAGGACGCUGUGCACCGGGCAGAAUACCUCCUCCAGAACGGGUUCGGGGGAUACAACAUCUUCCGGAACAACUGUGAGGAUUUUGCCAUUUACUGCAAGACGGGUUUGCUCGUUUUUAGGACGGUGAACAUGGGCAGAAGCGGCCAGGCGGCGUCCUGCCUGGCGGCGGCUAGCGCGUUCGUGUCGGCACCGUUAAGGUUCAUGACGACGGGCUUUGCCGGGCUCACGGUUGUGGGGUGUGGCAUGUAUUGUGUUAGUCGGGUGGUGUGGGAUAUUGGGAUGAGGUGGGACGUGAUGAAGGUCCCGGUGGAAAGGCUUGUUUUGCGGGCCGGGCUGGAUGGGCUUGAAGGGGAUGUGGAGGAGGACGCCAAGGAGAAAUAGCGUGUGCUCCUGCUAAGUUUGGCCUGUAUGGAUUGGUGAGCUAUUUGUAGAUAUGGUUUGUGCAACUAUUUUAGCACCUUAUUUAUGGAUUUGUUGUUCAGAGAACUUUGUAUUUGAUUUGAUACUUAAUUUUCUACUUUGUCUCGUUUAAUAUCUCAAUCGCUAUUCACCGCCCCC